GGAAGAAAGCCUGGGCCUCCGGCGCGUCGCCCCUACUCCGAAUUAUUAUUUGUUAAAAAUAGUCAAAAUUCAGUAUAGAAGAAAAUAAUAAAAAAGGAAAAAUUUAUUAUUGUAGCACUAUGCAUUAGAAUCAGUUCGUUCCCCCUCGUUUCCUGGCUCUUGCUUCGCCCCAGCGAGGGAAGUGAAAGAGAGAGGAAGAGUGGCGGAGACGGAGAGAUGUCGGGAUCUGCGGUGGUGGAGGCGGAGCCGCCGUUUGCGGGAGCGGGGGGGAACGUAGUGGCGGCGAGGUCGGCGAUCUGGGACUCGAUCAGGGGCUGCGGGCCGGCGGGGAUGAGGAUCGACAAGGAGGAGCUGAGGCGGAUGAUCUUGAUGCCGGAGUAUCUGCGGGUGGCCAUGGCGGUGUCUGUCCGGGUCAAGAACUGGGACGUCGGCUUGUUGGCGGCGGCGUCGGUAAAGAACCGGAACGACGACGAGCAGGCGGCGCCGGAGGCGCCUAUCGUGGUUUUCGUGAACUCCCGCAGCGGGGGACGCCAUGGCCAGGCCGUCAAGGUCUGGCUUCAAAAGCUCAUGACCGAGGACCAGGUUUUUGAUCUUUCAGCUGUGAAGCCUUCUGACUUUGUUCAAUAUGGCCUGACUUGCUUGGAGAAGUUGGCUGAUCUUGGUGACGGUCGUGCAAAGACCAACCGUGGAAGGCUAAGGGUUAUAGUUGCAGGAGGUGAUGGUACAGUCGGUUGGGUAUUAGGAACUCUUGCAGAACUUUUUGUGAACAGAAGAAAACCAGUUCCUCCAACCGGUAUCAUUCCACUUGGAACUGGCAAUGAUCUUUCAAGAAGUUUUGAUUGGGGUGGUUCAUUUCCAUUUGCAUGGCGAUCAGCAGUUAAAAGUACUCUCUACAAGGCAGUCACUGGUCCCAUUUGCCGCCUUGAUAGUUGGCAUGUUGUGGUUGUGACGCCAGAUGGACAAUCAAUUGAACUGCCACAUUCUCUCAGACCAAUGGAAAAAUAUGCAUUUGGUCAGAACCAGGAUGUGGACAUUGAUGGAGAGUUACCAGAAAAGAUUUCUUGCUUUGAGGGAGUCUACUAUAACUAUCUUAGCAUUGGAAUGGAUGCUCAAAUCGCAUAUGGUUUCCACUGCGCACGUAAUAAAAAAUCAUAUCUUGCACAAGGUCCAAUUGUGAAUAAGUUGAUUUACUCCAUCUAUAGCUGUACCCAAGGGUGGUUCUUUACACCAUGCGUGCAUGAUCCAGGCUUAAGGGGUCUCAAGAACAUUUUACGGCUUAACAUUAAAAGGGCUGACUAUGCAGAUUGGGAGCAGAUUCUGGUUCCCUCAGGUGUCAGGGCAAUUGUUGUGUUAAAUCUUCAAAACUAUGGAAGUGGAAGACAUCCGUGGGGUCAUCCUAAGCCUGAAUAUCUAGAGAAGAGAGGCUUCGUUGAGGCUCAUAUGGAUGAUGGUCUACUUGAAAUAUUUGGAUUAAAGCAAGGUUGGCAUGCUUCAUUUGUUAUGACUCAACUGAUUUCUGCCCGGCACAUUGCUCAGGCUGCUGCAAUUAAGAUGGAGAUCAGAGGUGGUGAGUGGAACCAGGCUUAUCUGCAAAUGGAUGGGGAGCCAUGGAAACAGCCGAUUGCAAAGGAUUUUUCAACUUAUGUGGUGAUACAGAGGGUUCCUUUCCAGUCACUUAUGAUAAGUGGAGAGUGAUACUGUUUUUUGGUGAGAGAGUGAUUUCGUUUAGUUGCCAUGGAUCAGGCACUGUGGAGAACAAUUGCUUCUGGAGAGUAUUUAUUCUUAUGGCUUAAAGCUGAUACAAGUUCAAGUAUCAUUUUAUUGUGCAUUAGAACUCCUUGAGUCUUGUACAACAUUUUGAUGUCACUGAUUGAAGUUCUUCCUUCUAAAGUGCACAUAUGGACCAAUGUCUUCCGAACGUUUCUUCUCUAUAUGAAAGUUGAUCUAUGAAUGCAAGUUAUAUCUGCAAUGUGGCUAUGACUAGGGUUAUUUAUGUACUAUUCAGGGCAAAUUUUUUAUUAAUAUCUUGAUAUCAUGGUAA